AUGACAACUCUAUCAAGUGGCAUUGAUAGAACUAAUAUCAAAGCUAUUAUAUUAGAUAUGAUUGGUGGAGCAUUAGACUCAUCUUCAGCAACAAUUGAAUGGGCCAUGUCUGAACUUUUGAAGCAUCCAAAUGUGAUGAAAAAACUUCAAAAUGAGCUAGAAAAUGUGGUGGGUGUGAAUAGCAAUGUGAAGGAAAAUGACUUUGAAAAUUUACCUUAUCUUAAUAUGGUGAUAAAGGAGACAUUAAGAUUAUAUCCGGCUGGACCAUUGUUAGGACCUCGUGAGUGUCUAAAAGAUGUUACAAUCGAUGGUUACUACAUAAAGAAAAAUUCUAGGAUAAUAAUUAAUGCUUGGGCAUUAGGGAGAGAUCCUAAUGUUUGGACGAAUAAUUCUGACAUGUUUUAUCCAGAAAGAUUUGUGAAUAGUAAUGUAGAUCUUCGAGGACAUGAUUUUCAACUUAUACCAUUUGGAUCGGGUCGUAGAGGGUGUCCUGGAAUUCAAUUGGGCCUAAAUAUGGUUAGGCUUGUUGUGGCUCAAUUGGUACAUUGUUUUGAUUGGGAACUUCCAUUUGGUAUGUCUUCUAAUGACUUGGAUAUGACUGAGAAAUUUGGACUCUCAAUGCCAAGAUGUAACGACUUGCUCGCGGUGCCAACAACUCGAAGACAAAAGUUUGAUAUAUAGUUAAAAAUAUACAUCAAAUUGAAAUGUAUUUAGUUUAUUUUUGUGUGACUUAAAAGUAUUAGUUUAUAAUAUAGCUAAAAUAAAGGCUUCUUUGUAGCUAAAAUAAUAUAGCAUGAAUUAUAAAGUAGAAGAGUGUUUUG